AUGACCAUCACCGAGUCAACGCGGCGCCAGCUCUUCCAGACGACUCGGAACCGCCCGCAACUGAUCCGCAUGGACCAGAUGCGCCACGCUCCGCAGCAGGCUAAGGCCAAGGCAAGGGCGGCAGCGACAAAUCCUUCGCCCAUUGCGCUGGGCACGUGGACAGUCGAGGAGCACGAGUUGUUCCUCGCGGCGCUCGAGCUGUACCCAUCGGGUCCCUGGAAGCGCGUUGCCGGAUGCAUCGGCACGCGCACGCCGCGCCAGGUCAUGACGCAUGCGCAGAAGUACCGACAGCGCCUGCAGCGUCGCGCGGCCAGCGUGACCGCCACCACCACCGUACGCGAAGCUCCUCGCCCUGCCGCGAAGAAGGUGGAGGCGCGAGUCCUAUCCGUUGUCGUGUCGCCCAUGCCAAUGCCAAUGCCCCCAGCUGUUGCGACUGGAGAAAUCCAAGUUGAAGCUGGCAUCUGUUUGACGAACGGAGGUGCUCACACCGCGACGUUCGCGGACGAGCUGCCAUCGAGCGGCCACUUCCCUCUCUUGGAUGUGGACUUCGACUUCCUGGCUCAACUUGCUUCCGACCUCAUGUUCGACAGCGUGGACGUGUCGCUGCCGGGGUCCGACCUUGAGCCCCUGCAACUGUAA